CAACUUCCUGGUCCGGGAAAUCUGACAUUAUCGCGAUAGAUAGACAGCAGCCCAGCGGCAGCGGCCUGACGUUGGAAUGUGAAACUAUAAGUUGUUUUGUCAAAACAAAUUAUUGACAAAUCUUGGCGUAACAUUGCAGAAACAUCACAGCUCUCCACAGGACUCAGCUAUGGUCCGAGACAUGAAGGAGACUCCUAACACAUGGAGAUGAGCGGAGAUCGGUUGUUUCAGCGUUUGCAGCUCUGGGCUCGUUGACUCUCUGUGCUGGCUCAGGAUGGCGCAGGGAGGCUCUCAGCUGGACUACCACAUCCUGCAGGACCUCAAGCAGCGUUUCCCAGAGAUCCCAGAGGGGGUAGUGUCACAGUGCCUGCUGCAGAACAACAAUAACCUGGAUCUUUGCUGCCACCUGCUGGCUCAGGAGAGUAACAGAUACCUGUAUGGAGAGUUCCAUCACAGUCCAGAUGAGGGCCUACUGAAUCGAAAUCACAUGCUGCACAUUAGCCCUGGAUACCCGGGCUCAGAUGCAAGCAACACAAAUGGAGGGGCAGCAGGAGUAGGGCGCUCUCUUGUGCACAGCACCAGUGACAGUCACAUCGAACCGCAGCGACCCAGCUACCCUGAGCCACUGUCAGCCCCCGCCACUAUGGCCCCUUCCCCAGGAUACAAUCCCUUCUUCAUGAACGAUCAAAGCCGUUCGGCUAGCACUCCCACUCCUCCGCCCACAAUGCAGGGCAUGUCUCCCACAUACACCCCUGUCCCACGCUACACUAUGAACCCGAUAACAGUCACAAUUCCUCAAAGUAUACCCAAUAUCCCACAGGCCCUGCAGAUCCCCCCUGGGCACUAUUGUAACAACAACAAUGCCACCCUGUAUAUCCGACCCUCACCCUCCCAGAGCCCACAGCCGGCCCCCUGGUCCUCGUCGGGGGCGCCAGUGUAUCAGCAUCAGCAGUCUCCCUAUAGUACUCCCACAUACGGCUCACCUUACAGCUCCCCUCAGCAUCAAGUCCAGCCCCAACAACAGCCCCAUCCGCAACCCCAGCACCAGCAAUAUGUCUUCCUCCCCAUUAGCUCCCCAACCGUUCCCAGCAUGCCCUUUCAUCACCAGCAACAUUCCCAGCAACAGCAAGCGGUAUAUAGGCCCUACCACACAAAAACCCCCCUCAAGAACCAGAUAGAGAUUACCAUGGAGGGGCCGCGACCUCGCAGCAACUCACCUGUGCACACCCCCCACCCCCAGGGAGCACAUUACAUGGCCACCAGCCCCUCGCCCAGCUCCCCUUCAAGGGGCAUCACUAUGAUUGGACCUUCAGGCCAAGCAGCCUUCCAUCCUGGGAUGUACCUACAGCAUCAAGGCCCUGCAAGACCCCGGCCUGCCUCCUCUCCUCAGCCAGGCCAGUCUGCAUACACCUUCAAAAUCCAAGUGUCCCCAGGGGGCCAGCCCCAGAGGCCGCUCAGCUCGCCUCCUGUUGCCGAAGCAGAGUCUCUUCUCAACAUAGUAGACCAAGGGGAGCACAACGCUGCCCCUGCACCCAUCCUGCCCAUCUCCGCUCUGCCAGGCAACAUAGUCAGUCAGUUUCAGCACAUGCCCCGACGUUCAAGCUCAGGCUCCGAUGACUAUGCCUACACACAAGCUCUCCUCCUCCACCAACGUGCCAGGAUGGAGCGUCUAAUGAAGGAGCUGCUCAUGGAGAAGCAGAAACUAGAAAACCUGAAGGCCGAUGUCAACAACAUGGAAUAUGACACGCUUCAAAGGCGCUUUCGAAGAGUCAACUCCACCAGUCUUAUACCCAGACCUGAAGAGAUGACUCGGUUGCGGAGUCUGAACAGAAAACUUCAGAUUGAUAUCGACUGUUCCCUGAAGGAGACGGAUCUACUGCAGUCUAGAGAAAAGUUUGAUCCAAAAGCAAUGAACAACUUUUAUGACCACAUUCAGCCCGGUCCUAUUGUGCCGCCCAAACCUGGAAAGAAAGGAGAGCCGGGCCCAAAGCCGGUGCCGGUGCCGGGGCCCCAGAGGGACGAGGACUUCGAAGGAGCCCAUUGGAACUGUGAAAGCUGCACCUUUCUCAACCACCCCGCCCUCAACCGCUGUGAACAGUGCGAGAUGCCGCGCUACACCUGAGCUUAGCGCUGUACUGCCCACCCCCGCCCUAUCCCCUGCCGAACAUUGGAUAGUAUAUCCCCACCCCUCUGUCUAGAGGUCUUUCCCUGUCAAUCAAUAUACAAGCCCCUCUUACCUGCUGAGGAAGAGCCACUUUCCCUCUGUGCCCACUUGUCCUGCUCUCAUCUACUACUCCUGUGCACUUUGACCCUUUAUUUCCAUUGGAGGAUGAUGAUUCUUAUUCAGGGCAGUUGGAGCCUCUUAUCAUGGAAAAUGUGUAAAAAGAGGGACUGGAACGCAGCAACUCCGGCAGUUUGUGGGUCGGGGCUUCGGAAAGGUCAAAGGGAAUGAGGGUUGAGAAGGAGGAGCCAGCGGUUUACAUAGAGAACAUUCCAUGCAGAAAGAGUGACUGCCCCGUUUACACAACUGCGUCCAUUCCUGAACUCAACAUGGAGGCACUUCCACUUUAAUCUAGGACUCUGACAGUGGAACAAUGAAAGCAAUGCUAUACACAUUCUGAGUAAUGCGAAAUGUAGACUGUACACUGUAUCCGGCUCUGUAUUAGAGCUAAUUUCACUGAAAGAAGAACACUAAAGACAUUUGCAUAAAAGUAUGUCCCUGGUACUUCUAUGCAUAUUAUGCCACCCUGUAUUACGUGUUCAGAAGAUGUUGAUUUCCUGUGCAAAUGCCUCAACUUGCUGUACUUAAUAAAGGAGCUGAUUCUAUGUGACUUGACCAUGCACAGCUGGCAUGUCGGCAUAGUUUUUUUUAAUAAUU